AAGGAGGGAAAGGUGGAUGGAAGAAUCAAUGGUCGGGAGAGAAGGAUGGAUUUAUUGAAGAGGUGGACCAGCGAACAAAAGAAGGGCCUUGCCGUUCGUGAGGCACCUGCAGAGGGGAGAGAACUUUUUGAAGCUUUGAAAGACAUCGAAGACCAUUUCUUCAGGGAUUAUAAUUCUGGAAAAGAGGUGACCAGAAUGUUGGAAGCUAAUAAAAUCCAAGAAGAAUGGAAGUCAUUGGAGGAGGAAUUGCCACCACCCAAACCUCCAGACCUGAGUUGGAGGGCAGUUGCUAGAGGGUUCCAUUCAUAUGAGUACACGAUGAUGAAGAGGAGCCAUGAGAUCAAGCCUCCCGUUUCCAACCUUGAGGACAAGGUUGUUCGGCAGCGGGGUGUAAUGUUAGGGAUGGAGAGUUUAGAGUGAAGGAAUAAAACAUUAAAUGCCCAACUGCCUUAACUGCCUUAGCAGUUAGGAAGAGCGGGGUUAUUGGUUGUAUAAAUAGCAAAUAAUCAAUUGUAGUGGGGGGUCGAUUGUUUGAUUGUAGUCUAACAGGGUUUGUCAUCCUGAGGAGGGAGGUUAGGCUCUCUAGAGGGAGGUUAUGCUCCCAAACUCAGUCCUUGUAAAGAGAUUCGUUUACGGUGAAUAAUAGCAAAACUCAUUCUUUCAUUUCUGUUUCUAUCUUUUGAG